GCCCCGGGGGAGGGGAGGGUAAGGCCCGGCGCUGCCCCAUCCCCGCCCAGCGUCCCACCUCCCUCCCGGCGGCCAGCGGGGAGGACACAGCGGUCGCAGCAGGUGGACACGGAAGCCAGGAAGGGACGGUAGCACCCCCCACCCCGGGCCCGGCCGUGGGGGGUCAAUGGCCCGGAAACGGGCGGCCUCUGCCGCCUCCGGAGAAGAGUUCUCCUUCGUCAACCCCGUGGUGAAAUACCUGCUCUUCUUCUUCAACAUGCUCUUCUGGGUGAUCGCCAUAGUGUUGGUUGGUGUGGGAGUCUAUGCACGACUAAUGAAGCAUGCAGAGACAGCCAUGGCCUGCCUGGCGGUGGACCCAGCCAUCCUCUUGAUUACAGUGGGCAUCCUCAUGUUCCUGCUCACUUUUUGUGGCUGUAUCGGCUCCCUGCGGGAGAACAUCUGCCUUCUACAGAUGUUCUCUGUCUGCCUCACCGUCGUGUUUCUGCUGCAGCUGGCUGCCGGAGUCCUGGGCUUCGUCUUCUCAGAUAAGGCACGGGGAAAGGUGAGCGAGAUCAUCAAUAAAGCUAUCGUACACUACCGUGAUGACCUGGACCUGCAGAACCUCAUCGACUUUGGCCAGAAGGAGUUCAAUUGCUGUGGAGGCGUCUCGUACAAGGACUGGUCCCGGAACUUGUAUUUCAACUGCACGGAUGACAACCCCAGUCGGGAGCGCUGCUCUGUGCCCUUCUCCUGCUGCCUGCAUGUCCCCGACCAGACGGUGAUCAACACCAUGUGUGGCCAGGGCAUGCAGAGCCUUGACUACCUGGAGGCCGGUGAGGUCAUCAACACCAAUGGCUGCAUCGACAAGCUGGUCAACUGGAUUCACAGCAAUCUCUUCCUGUUGGGGGGCCUGGCACUGGGCUUGGUCAUCCCCCAGCUGGUUGGCAUCCUGCUAUCUCAGAUCCUCAUCAAUCAAAUCAAAGACCAGGUCAGGCUCCAGUUCUACAACCAGCAGCACCGGGCUGAUCCUUGGAACUGAGCAGACACCGGUCUACCCAAACUUGGUACCAGGUGGGCACCAUCACCUGGCAGCUGUGGACACGGCCCCACAUGAAGAGCAGAGAUUAUUUGAAUUCCCCCUCUCCCCUUGACAGCCCAGGGGCAGAGGGAAGCCUCUAUGGGCAGACUAGGACAAAGGAAUACGGUGGCCUGGGUCUCAGGAGAAGGGCCUCUUCCUUUGCCCAGCACUGCCAGGCUUCUAACUUUUUUUUUAAAAAAAAGCAGCUGUUGGGUUAGUGCUGAGAUAGUGGAUAGCAAGGAGAGGUGCCAUAGUACCAUUUUCCUCCUCUCUCACUCAGGCCCCCACAGCAGCCUUCCCUUUGCCCUUCCUCUCCUUGGCACAGCCAAGUGACCCCACCCAGGCAGCAGAGGAAAGAGGGUGCCAUAGUCUCUGUCCUGAGCCCAGCUGGCCUUAGGGCUCAUUCUGGACGAACGAAUUGCAGAUGGGAGAUGCAAAGACAGAAUCCUCACUGGAGUGGGGGAGGUGUCUGUGGUUGAACAGGUAGGGGGAAAUGCCAAUGUAGCAUUCCCAAGUGACAAUCAGCCAACCUCAUCCUCUGCCCACCCCCACCCCCCAGCCUCAGUUCCAUGGGAACACCUAGGGAGGGGUGGCAGUCGAAUCCCCCCAUAAAAAAAAAGAGUUCAAGCCCGCAUUCGCUGUUCUGUACUUGGAGGGAAUACGACGAAGUGGAGCACAUCUUUCUCACCACUGUGUCCUGCUCAGGGGCACGGUAGGCAGAGCCUCCUACCCUGGCCCGUGACUUUUCUUUCCACGUUCAGCCGUGUGGGACCGAGAGGCAGACCACCCUUCCCUCCCAGCUCGUUUCCCCCGUCCUGGAUGCACCCAGAAAGAUUUCUAUAUUUCUACAGGCUCUGCCCUCAGAAGGAUUCUGGCUGGUGUUGUGGGGAGGGGGGAGGCAUAGGGCAGCCCCCCCCCACCAUUGCCCCCUGACUUGUGUGGACUGACUGGUCAACUCCUGCUGGCAAUAAAAGCAGAUCGAGGGGU